AUGGCUGGAAUACUUGGAAUCUGGUUUUUUCCACAGAAAUUCAAAAUCAAUCCAUCAUAUUUCUUUUUACAAUAUUUUAAGUGUUUACUGAAUCUUGAUGGUGCUGGAAUGGCUUCUACACACUUUGUAAUUUUUAUCAAAUCAUUUUAUGAACAAUUAAAUAACCCUGAAGCAUUACAACAAGCAAAACAAAGAGAUCAAAGGUUAGAUAAUGAAUAUUUGAAUUUGAUGGCUGAGUUAGGUGAAAACAUUGGAUCCAAAACUAAUGAAACAACUGGAAAAACUGGCCAUUACGGGCCUGCAACUACAAGUAAACCACCAUGGGUACAAUCUAACGCAACUAGUGGAACCACUACAACACAUUGGGCUUCAAAAUCUUCAACACCAACUUCAACUGGGGUCCACACAGGAUUAUCAUCUAUUCCUCCCUGGCAACAAACAGCAUCAACUACAAUUCCUCCUCCACCCGGUAAAGUUUUUAAUAUAAAUAAAAUACAUUUUUCUAAAUUUUGA